AUGAGUGAACCAUUGAUUGCUUUGCGGCAAGCGAUCAAAGACAAGAAACCCGUAGGAGUUAAUGAAGGUGAAACUAUCGGCAAUGCUAAAGUGCUAAAUAUUGGUGAAAAGCAGUACUCAUUAGAUGCUCCCACAUCCUUCGUCAUAAAUGGCAAGGAAUUCAAUUUAAAAGUGAUAUAUCAAUGUUGGGUUUUUAGGGAUUCAUCUUCUGCUGACUAUAUUACUGAAUGUGAAAAGGAAAAUAUCGAUGGUAUAAGCUUUGUUGAAAGAUCAGAGCUUAUUUCGUGGUUGAAGGGGGAAAUAACUAGCAGCGCCUUCAUCAAAGGUGAAAAAGUUGGAAUCACGGAAGAGAAUGGCAAAAAUGAAGGAGAAACUAAAAGUAAUAACAAACGGAAGUUAUCUGAUGACCCGUUAUUAAAAGAGAUUGCCAGCAAUGAAAGGGUGCUAAUCGACCACAACAAAGUUUUGAGAGGAUUAAAGCCAAAAGAUUUCUCGUCAGUUGCCAAAGACUGUGAAUUAAGAAUCUUGAAAGAAAAACCUGCGAAUGCGAAAAGUUCAGACUCAAAUGGAAGAUCAAGUACCUCCGUGUCUUCGUCUUCAAAGGAUGCUAGAAACAAAGAACCUAUCAUUGUUCUAUCUCCAGCUGCCUCUUCCCUGGUACGUAUGUCCAACGUUAAAGAGUUCUUACAGGAAGGUAAGUUCCUGGAUCCUUCCAAGGAACCUGCAUCUUCCAGCAAUUUACUUGCCAUACAAAGAAAGUCUUCCAGAUUCAAAACCCCAAUUAAGUUAUUAGUGGUUGAUAAUGUGGAGAAGCUUUUCACCAAGAGUGAGUAUUGGGACAGAGUUGUCGCCAUUGUUACGACGGGCAAAGAUUGGCAAUUCAAAAACUAUAAAUACAAAGACCCUCAGAUUCUGUUCCAGAAAUUCAACGGAUUCUACUUCAAGUACAAAGGAGAUGCCGUACCUGCAAGUGUCAAAUCGUGGAACGUCAAAGUUUUGGACAUUGACAGAGUCGAGCGAUUUAGUGACAGACAAGUAGUUGAACAGUUUUGGGAUACUGUUGAGAAUACUUUAGUGGCCAAGAGAUAUAAAUCUUAG